AUGGGGACCCAGCUGGUCAGUUCCAGUUGGACAACUCAGCUCCUCUUCUCCUCUCCUCUCCAAAAAUGGGAUAUCAUACCCUUACCUGAAGGUGUACCGCCCAAAGGAAGGAACAUGGAUGCCAAAAACUUGCUUGAAAGCCUCAAAGUGGAAAUCACCUGUUUCAUGUGCUUCGGCUAUUUCACUGACCCAGUGAUUGUCAAAUGUGGCCAUACCUUCUGCAAAGAGUGUCUUCUCAGCUGCUGGAAGGAAGACCAUAAACCAAUAAUCUGCCCAAAUUGCAAGGCAAUCAUUAAAUUUGGAGACUUCUUGUACAAUAGGAGGCUGCAGGAUCUGGCUAUAAUUGGCAAGAUGCUUAGACCUCAUUUUCUGCAGAGCAUCAGGGACCUAACCAUCUGUGAGAAACAUGGGAAAGAAGAGACCUUGUUCUGUGAGGAGGACUACAGACCCUUGUGUGGGCCUUGCUUUUUAACCACAGAGCACAAGGAGCACAAAGUCCUUUCCCUGGAAAAGGCUGCUGGUCAGUGCAUGGAAAAGCUCCAGGCAACAUGGAAUAUUUUAAAGAGUAAGAAGGAGAAAUUUCAAAUGGAAUUGGAAUGGGGGAAAAUGAGAGUGGCACAGUGGGAGGUGGAGGGCCAGUCUCUCAAAGACUUGGUUGUAUCUGAAUAUGAGAAAAUGCACCAGUUCUUUGUGGAGGAAGAACAGCUCCGAUUGCAAAGCCUGGGUGAGGAAACGAGACACCACGUGGCAGCCGAGGAGAGCAAGGCCAGCCAGGCCCAAGACACCCUCAAUUUGCCCGCGGACUCAGAGAAGCGGCCUGUGCGAAUGCUGCAGUUGGAAGGCCAAGCUAUGAAACAGUCUGUUAAGUCUGAAUUUGAGAAAAAGCACCAGUUCUUGUCAGAGCAAGAACAGCUCCAUCUGCAAAGACUGGAUCAGGAAAUAAAAGACAACUUGGCAAAGUUUGAAGAGAGCAAGGCAAAAAUGACCCAACAGAUCCACAAUCUGCAAAUGGCGAUGUCAGAAAUAGAGAAAAAUUUUGAGAAGCUUCCCAUUGAAAUGCUCCAGGAUGCAAAAGGCACAUUGGAAAGGAACGAGGAGCUACUUCUUCAAAAUCCAUUGGUUGCCUCACCCAGAUGGACCAAGUACCCCAUCCCUGGCAUGACAGAAAUGUUGCUGACUUUCUACAGGGAGAUAACUCUGGAUCCCGCAACAGCCAAUCCCCAUCUCAUCCUAUCUGAUGAUUUGAAGAGUGUCAAAUGUGUUUCUGUUCCACAGGAUGUGCCUGACAACCCAGAAAGAUUUGACGUUUCUCUCUGUGUCUUGGCUACUCAGAGAUUCACCUCAGGGAAACACUAUUGGGAAGUAGAGGUGGGGAAUAAAUCAGAAUGGGAAGUGGGCAUCUGUAAAGAAUCAAUCAGAAGGAAGGGCAAUGUCUUCAACUUAUCUAAGGAUAGACAUACCCUUGUAGCCUUGGAAUUUGGAAAUGACUUUCUCCUCUGGUGUUCAUAUUUUGUUAUUCCUAUAGGCCAACCUAUUCAUAAGAUGGGCAUUUUCCUUGAUUAUGAAAAAGGGCAUAUAGCAUUUUACAAUGCUACAGACGGAACUGUAAUCCACAGUCCUCCAGAUGAUGCUUUUCAAGGGCCUCUUUGUCCUUUCUUUUCUCCUAGCUUUAGAAAUGUGAAAAUCGCUCCUGGACCUCUAUGUAUCUGCCCCAGGAGUAACUAG